GCACUGUAAGAAUUUGUGAUUGAUCCAAAUCAACAAGAGAAUUUCAUGAUUGAAUGGAUAUUUGAACUUGAACCUUGGUAGUCUUCCAUGUGUGAAAUGGAUCAUGAUUAAUGUAAGACAUUAUUCUAGUAAUGUGGCAUAUUUGCUUUUUCAUUAUAGCAUAAACUUUUUUCUGUUUUCACAUUUUCUACAAUCACUUUAUAAACAUUACACUUUUCUUUGAAUCCCAUAGGCAAAGAAGAUGGCAAUAAGAGCACAGUGAAAAACUGAUAAUAGCAAGCAACUUUGAAAAGGAAAGAAAAUCAAGCCAGAAAUCAAAAUAUUUUCCAUUUCCUUCAGAAAACCACAUAUUUCUUCUUUUUCCUGAUCAGGUGAGAGAUAACGGACAGAAAAUUAAGAAAGAGUUCUAAGUGGAAUAAGUAAAUUAUGCAGAACUCAAGCAUACAUUACAUGAAAAGUCAAGGGAGAUUAUUUUUUAUUCAGAAAAAGAGGGAAAUAUCUGGAAAAGGUCACUUGGAGAGCAACGUAGGAUAGACAGAGAAGUAGGCCUCACUCUGGGAGAAAAAAACCCGGCUUUAAUCAAAACACUACUAAAGAACAGAUAACAUAUAUUUUUGACCUCAAGAAUAUAAGUAUUGGAAAAGCUGCAUAGAUGCACCUAUUUUGGGAAAAGCACAGAUUGCAAAUCACAACUGAUUAUGCAAAAGAUUCACACAGGAGAAAAGUCUUAAAAGUGCUCCCAAUGUGGUAAAUAUUUUAGUGAGCAUGGCAACAUGGUGAUACAUCAGAGGACUUACAUCAUGUAUGAGUGUCCAGAUUGUGUGAAAGUUUCAUUGGAAAUUCACACCUCAUGAGACAACAGAGGACUCAGACACAGGAAAAAAACCCAUUUGAAGGAGAGAAGCCCUUUGAAUGCCCUGUCUGUGGGAAAAGUUUCAGUCACAAUUACAGCCUGAUGAACCACCAGAAUACUCACACAGGAGAGAAACCUUUUGAAUGCCCUGAUUCUGAAAAAGGUUUCAGUCAAAAUUCCAACCUGGUGCUACAUCAGAUGAUUCACACAGGAGAGAAACCCUUUAAAUGUCCUGAUUGUGGGAAAAACUUCAAUCACAAUUCCAGCCUGGUGACACACCAGAGGACUCACAAAGGAGAGAAACCGUUUGAAUGUCUGGAUUGUGGGAAAAGUUUCAGUAACAAUUCCCACCUCGUUAGACACCAGAGGAAUCACACAGGAACGAAACCCUUCGAAUGUCCUGACUGUGGAAAAGGUUUCAGUCAAAAUUCCAACCUGGUGAUACACCAGAGGACUCACACAGGAGAGAAACUUUUUGAAUGCCCUGAUUGUCGAAAACGUUUCGUUAGAAAUUCCCACCUCAUUAGCCACCGGAGGAUUCACACAGAAGGGAUAUCCUUUGAAUGUCCUGAUUGUGGAAAAUGUUUCAGUGAGAAUUUCAGCCUGUUGAAACACCAAAAAACCCACAUGCUAGUGAUACACAAGAGGAUUCACACCGGAGAGAAACCCUUUGAAUGUCCUGAUUGUGGGAAAAGGUUCAGUCGGAAUUCCGACCUGGUGAAACAUAAGAGGACUCACACAAGAGAGAAACUCUUUGAAUGUUCUGAUUGUGGGAAAAAUUUCUGUAACAAUUCCCGCCUGGUGACACACCAGAGGACUCAUUCAGGAAAAACCAUAUAUGUGUCCAGAUUGAAAAGUUUCAUUAGAAAUUCCCACCUCAUUAGCCACCAGAGGAUUCAUACAGAAGGGAUACCCUUUGAAUGUCCUGAUUGUGGAAAACGUUUCAGUGAGAAUUUUAGCCUGGUGAAACACCAAAAAACCCACAUGGUAAAAAAACGGUUUGAAUGUUCGGAUUGUAGAAAAAGUUUCAAUCAUAUUUCCCAGCUAGUGAUACACAAGAGGAUUCACACCGGAGAGAAACCCUUUGAAUGUCCUGAUUGUGGGAAAAGGUUCAGUCGGAAUUCCGACCUGGUGAAACAUAAGAGGACUCACACAAGAGAGAAACUCUUUGAAUGUUCUGAUUGUGGGAAACAUUUCUGUAACAAUUCCCGCCUGGUGACACACCAGAGGACUCAUUCCAGGGAAAAACCAUAUAUGUGUCCAGAUUGUGGGAAAAGUUUUCUUUGGAAUUCUCGGCUGGUGAGUCACCAGAGGACUCACACAGGAGAGAAACCAUAUGAGUGUCCAGACUGUGGGAAAGAUUUCAGUACUAAGGAUAGCCUUCUAAAUCAUAUGCUUAUACACACAGGGGAGAAACCAUUUAAGUGUCCUGAGUGUGAACGGUGCUUCAGGAAACCUUCCAACCUUAUUGCACACUAG